AUGGCUUCCGUUGCCCGAAAUGCGUCUCGCGCCUUCCUGCGCUCGACUCCGGUCACCUCCUCUCUCCGUCCUGCUGCGCGCAGCACCCGUUUCGCCAUCCCCGCCAACGGUCUCCGUGCUUCUUCUCGCCGCGGAUAUGCUUCAGAGGCUGGCUCUGAGAAGUCCGGCUCUUCCUUUGCCAUCUGGGCUCUCGGUCUCGGUGCCCUCGGUGCUGGCGGCGCGUACUUGUACCUGAACAGCGAAUCGACCCCCAAGGGCCCUUUCGUCCCCACCCAGGCCGACUACCAGAAGGUGUACGACGCUGUUGCUAAGCGUCUGGCAGACGAGACCGACUAUGAUGACGGCAGCUAUGGUCCCGUCCUCGUUCGUCUCGCAUGGCACGCCAGCGGUACCUAUGACAAGGAGACCGGCACUGGUGGCAGCAACGGUGCCACCAUGAGAUUCGCCCCCGAGUCCGACCACGGCGCCAACGCUGGUCUCAAGACUGCCCGCGACUUCCUCGAGCCCAUCAAGGAACAGUUCCCCUGGAUCACCUACUCCGAUCUGUGGACUCUCGCUGGUGCCUGUGCCAUCCAGGAGCUGGGUGGACCCACCAUUCCCUGGAGACCCGGCCGUGCUGACAAGGAGGUCGCCGCCUGCACUCCCGACGGCCGUCUCCCCGAUGCCGCCAAGGAUCACCGUCACAUCCGCGACAUCUUCUCCCGCAUGGGCUUUGAUGACCGUGAGAUGGUUGCCCUGAUUGGCGCCCACGCCCUCGGCCGCUGCCACACUGACCGCUCCGGUUUCGACGGUCCCUGGAACUUCAGCCCCACUGUGUUCAGCAACGAGUUCUUCCGUCUGCUUAUUGAGGAGAAGUGGACCCAGAAGAAGUGGAACGGCCCUGUUCAGUUCACUGACAAGACCACUUCCACUCUCAUGAUGUUGCCCACUGAUAUGGCUCUGAUCAAGGACAAGGCCUUCAAGAAGCACGUCGAGCGCUAUGGCAAGGACAGCGAGGUCUUCUUCAAGGAGUUCUCUGAUGUCUUUGUCAAGCUCCUUGAGCUCGGUGUGCCUUUCCAGACCGAGGAACGCUUCGUCUUCAAGGCUUCUGAGUAA